GGAGAAGGUGAACAGGCCGGGGAGCAAGUAGUUCAAAAGAGGCCAUUUUGCACAUACUUUGGACUCAAUGGCUAGGCGAUCGCUAUGUGCCUCGACAAUGUCACAUGCCACAAUAACAGGGUGGCGGUACUCACAAGGCUAAAGAGAUUGGUAGAAGCUGCGAAAGAGUGUAAGAUAGCUGCUCAACUGGAUCCAGCUUAUGGGCGGGUGCCUCAAAGGCUAGAUUCCCUGCUUAUAAGGUGGACAAGUUGAUUGAGUGGACUGUUUCAGCUCGAAGAGUAUCGUAUAAUGUUGCAGUUAAUCUAUAACCAGAGAAAAUGAUUGGAGGUCGCCGGAAUGUACCUAGCUGGAGACUCUUCAAUGUUUAAAUCUAAUAGAGUUUUGAAAGAAAACAUAAGAGAUGAAGGACAGGUUAAAGUAUAAAAAAAUAGUAUUCGGAUUUCUCAUCAUAUCUUAGUUUUGUAAUUGAUAUUUAUGAAGAACGGGGUGCAAAUCUGUAUUGUUAGAAUCACACAAUUCAUGAAUGAGUGGUUGGAUUUUUUUCUUAUCUUCUGAUCUGAGUGCUUCCAUUAUCUAUUGAUCUGAUUGAUCCCGAUGUUUAUUUUUGGGCAUAUUGAGAUUACAUCGAGUUGUAACUGAUUAUUCAGAGAUUUUACUAACUAUUUACUAGAUGCAUGUCGUCGUAUGGGCUGAGCCGUGAGAUAAGGUUUUAGGGAUGAAAAAUCUGAGCUAUAUUAACAUCGGUUCAGUUUUAAAAAUGAUUUUACGCCGGCUAACCCCCACGCCUUAAAGCCAAUUGUCCGACACCAACAGGAAGCACAGACCGGAAUCCGAAUUCACGAUCCACACCCGCAAAUACCUCCGGAAAGCAUGGCGCCUCCCACAACGCCAAAGAGCGCCUCCAAUGCUAAAGUCUCGAUUUCCUUGCUCCUGUCGCUCCCCCUCCUCUUCUUCUCCUCGUUCGCGAUGCAGGUCUCCACCGCCCCUUGCGGCGACGCCUCCGCCCCUGUGAAGCCCACCACCCCGCUCAUCUCCUUCCUCGAGAGCCUCCAGUCCGCCGCUCUCGCGACCCUCGGCCCCGACGGCUUCGACCCCAAGCUCUACGUCGACCUCCCCCUCAAGACCGACCUCGCCGCCACCGAGGAGGCCUUCGCGAGGCUCCCGCGGCCGGGUGGCGUGAUUCCGGUCUCGGAUUUGGAUAGGUUUCUAGGCGACUAUUUUGGAGAGGCCGGGUCGGAUUUGGUGCAUGCGGAGCCGGAGGAUUUCGUGGCGGAGCCGGAGGGGUUCUUGCCCAAGGUGGAGAACCCGAAGGUGCGGGCUUGGGCGCUGGAGGUGCACUCGCUGUGGAAGAAUUUGACCAGGAGGGUGUCGGAUGAGGUGAGAAGGCGGCCGGAGCGGCACACGUUGCUGCCGCUGCCCGGGCCGGUGGUGGUGCCGGGCUCCCGAUUUAGAGAGGUUUAUUACUGGGAUUCCUACUGGAUUAUAAGGGGCUUACUAGCAAGCAAAAUGUAUGAUACUGCAAAGUCAAUAGCGAAUAAUCUAAUUUCGCUGAUUGAUAUUUAUGGCUUUGUGCUGAAUGGUGCAAGGACAUACUAUACUAAUCGAAGCCAACCUCCACUUCUUAGUUCAAUGGUAUUCGAAAUAUAUAGGAGAAGUGGUGAUUUGGCAUUUGUGAAGAAAUCACUCCCUUCAUUGCUGAAAGAGCAUAGCUUCUGGAAUUCAGAUAUACACAAAGUAAUCAUUCAAGAUCUUCAAGGAUGCAAACACUCUGUGAGUCACUAUUAUGCAAUGUGGAACAAACCCAGGCCAGAAACCGCAACAAUUGACGAGGAAUCAGCUUCUAAGCUUGCAAGUGCUUCUCAGAAAGAAAUUUUUUACCACCAAGUUGCUUCAACAGCUGAAUCUGGAUGGGACUUCAGUUCUCGCUGGAUGAGUAAUUCAUCUGACUUCACAACAUUAGCAACAACAUCAAUCAUACCUGUGGACCUGAAUGCAUUCAUAUACAAGAUGGAACUUGACAUUGCCUUCUUUGCAAAACUCAUUGGGGAUAAUUCAACCUCAGAGAAAUUCUUGGCAGCUUCAAAAGCACGACAGGCAGCAAUAAAGUCCAUUUUCUGGAACUCAGAAAUGGAACAAUGGCUUGACUACUGGCUUAUCAGUAAGAGCAACUGUGAGGAAGUUAACCAGUGGGAAGCUCACUAUCAGAACCGUAAUAUUUUUGCAUCCAACUUUAUUCCUUUGUGGAUUGAGACAUACAGCACAGAUUUAUGUAAAGAUGGGACAAUGGUAGAGAAAGUGCUGAAAAGCCUCCAAAGCUCAGGUCUACUUCGUGUUGGUGGCAUUGCAACUUCAUUGUCAAAUACUGGGCAACAAUGGGAUUUUCCAAAUGGUUGGGCGCCCUUGCAACAUAUGGUUGUGGAAGGAUUGGCAAAUUCUGUUUCAAAAGAAGCAAAGUCUGUGGCUGAGGAUAUUGCUAUAAGGUGGAUCAGAACAAAUUAUGCUGCUUAUAUGAAAACUGGUACAAUGCAUGAAAAAUAUGAUGUAGAAGCCUGUGGAAAGAUUGGAGGAGGUGGUGAGUACAAACCUCAGACUGGUUUUGGUUGGUCCAAUGGUGUGGUGCUGGCUUUUUUGGAAGAGUUUGGGUGGCCUCAUGACAGGGAAAUAGAUUGCCAGUAAGAGUAGAGAAACUGUGUAGCAGCUUAGUAUAUUUGAGCAAAUUUGAGGUAAUGCAAGUUAUAUAUAGAGCUGCCAUAAAUACAUUGGCAGGGAUCCCUUGAAAGAAAAGGAAGGGAAAAAAACAUCAGCAGGGCAUGUGAACACGUUUGGAUAGCGCAGGACGAUGUCAAGAUAUUACAAGAGAUUGGAGUCUGAAAUGAAGCAAAGCAUAACAUUUGUAAUUGGUAAAGGAAGAUUUUAGUAGUUGGUUGUAUUAUCUUUAUAUCUACUAAGACAGCACAUCCAGUAGUUUGCAUAAGCUGAAUUUUUUCAGCAACAUCUUAUGAAGUUGGUCUUGUGCUUCUGAUGACCGAGCAAAGCUCCAUAAGCAUCAAUUGAAAGCUUCAGCGAUAGCGUCGUUUUCUUA